AUGGCUUCCACCACUUCUAUCAUCUUUGGCCCAACCGGCCACGUCGGCUCUGCCGCAGCUCGUAUUGCACAGCAAUGCGGUGCAAAAGUGGUCCUUGCUCUGCGUGAUACCCUGAGGCCCGUUCCAGGCCUCACCUUAGAGCAGGAAAAGGCAGGGGGCUUCGAAAGGGUGCAAGCUGAUCUCACCAAACCCGAAACGGUUCACGCUGCCGUGCAAGCGACUGGAGCCAAGCGUGCCUUCAUAUACCUUGUGCCGGGCACAACAGACCACAUGAGACGCACUAUCGAAGCUCUGAAGGCCUCCAGUAUUGAGCUUGUUGUCUUCCUAAGCAGUAUCAGUGUACACGGUGACAUCAGGAGCAUAACACCAGCAGACUUCAUUGCGUAUACCCAUGCACAGGUCGAGGUCAACCUUGACGAAGUCUUUGGUAGUGACGGCUACAUAGCGAUUCGACCUGCAUAUUUUAGCACCAAUGCAGGUUGGUGGGCGGGUAUGAUUCGCGAAGGAGAGGUGAAAAUCACGUAUCCGGAUGCAAAACUCGACUGGAUUUCACCCGAAGACAUUGGUCGUGUGGCCGGGACCCUUCUUGUCAAAGAAAUGCAGGCGAGCGAAGGCGCCGAAGAACGCAACUCGAUCCCUCUUUGUGGACCAAAACUGGUCUCCCAGAGAGAUGCCGUGGGAAUAUUUGGCAAGGUGCUUGGCAAAGACAUCAAGGUCACCGAAUUGGAUGAGAAGGAGGGAGUGGAAAACCUGUUAAAUAUUGGCGUACCUGACUUUGUAGCUACGAGGCUGGUUCAGUCCUUGAAACCGAAGGAUAGGCGCGGUGAUGACUUUGACCCGUUCGAAGGAGAGGCGUACGAACAGGCUGUCGCUAAUCUUCAAAAAUACGUCGGCCGGGCUUCAAGCUUGGAAGAGUGGGCCGAGGCAAACAAGGAAGUGUUCAAUUUAUAG